AUGUCCCCAGCUGUGAAAAAUACCCUUUCGCUGGACACAGAGGUAGCAGAAAAACCUUUUAUCCGUUCAAUAUGUGGUAAUGGUUUUACACAAAAUUGGAGUUUGAAAGUGCACAUGAGAACACACACUGGUAAAAAACCUUUUUCCUGUUCAACCUGUGGUAAAGGUUUUACAGAAAGUCAAAAUUUGAAAAGACACAUGAGAACACACACUGGUGAAAAACCUUUUACCUGCUCAACCUGUGGUAAAGGUUUUACAGAAAGUCAAAAUUUGAAAAGACACAUGAGAACACACACUGGUGAAAAACCUUUUUCUUGCUCAGAAUGUGGUAAAGAUUUUGUACAAAGUCCCCUUUUAAAAGCACACAUGAGAACACACACUGGUGAAAAACCUUUUGUCUGUUCAAUCUGUGGUAAAGAUUUUACAGAAAGUCGAUGGUUAAAAGUGCACAUGAGAACACACACUGGUGAAAAACCGUUUUCCUGUUCAGUCUGUGGUAAAGGUUUUACACAAAGUCAUCAUUUAAAACUGCACGACAGAACACACACUGGUGAAAAACCUUUUUCCUGUUCAAUCUGUGAUAAAGGUUUUACAGAAAACUGGUGUUUGAAAGUACACAAGAGAACACACACUGGUGAAAAUUCACAUUCCUGUUCAAUCUGUAACAGAAGCUUUUGUCAACAAUCAAAGCUUGUAGCACACAUGAGAAGACACCCAGGAGAGAAAGUGUUGAGUUGCAGUGUGUGGUGA